AUGAUGGUGGAGCUACUCCAGUGCAAGAUGAACGAGAUUCAGGAUCUGAUGUGGAAGAUGAAGCAAAUGAGCAGCAUUCUGGAUCUGAGAAUGGAAGUGUAGGGCACCAUUCAGAGAAUGAACACAGUGAUGGAGAAGAUGAUGGGCAGAUCGGAGAGCCCCAUAUGACAGACUCUGAAAAUGAAGAUAUCCCGAGGCAAAAAGACAGUGACUCAGAUAAUGAGGAGCCUCCAAAUCACAAUGUAAGUGAUUCGGAUAAUGAAGCAGCUCAUGGAGGGAAGGACAGUGAUUCUGAUACUGAGGACCGUCCAAAUCAGCAUGUAAGUGACUCUGAAAAUGAAGAUGCCUUAAAUCAUCGAGCAAGUGACUCUGAAAAUGGAGAGCCUCACAGGGAUCACAGUAGUGACUUUGAAAAUGAGGAAUCACACAAGCAGCCGGCCAGUGACUCGGACAGUGAGGAGCUGCACAAGCAGCCAGCCAGUGACUCAGAGAGUGAGGAGCUCCACAAACAGCCAGCCAGUGAUUCGGAGAGCGAGGAGCUCCACAAACAGCCGGCUAGUGACUCGGAGACCGAGGAUGUUUCCAGACACAAACAAGAAAUAGAGUCUGAGGAUAGUGAUGGGGAGGACAGGAAGGAGGAGGUGCAGAAUGAUUCUCAUCAUUCAGAUAACGAGCACAUAAGGGAAGGAUUUCAGGGCUCCGACAGUGAAGAGGAAGCUCCUAAGAGACGAAAAAUAUCAGACAGUGAUGAAGAAGAGAAAGAGGAGGAGAAGAUGGUGAAGAGGAAAACGGCUAUCCUUUCUGACAGUGAGGACGAUGAGAAAACACCUGCAAAAAAAGUACGAAUCCUUUCUGAUGUCGAAGAAUCAGAUAGUGAUGCUGCUUCAGAGAAAUCUGACAAAAGGAAGAAAAAUAUUGUAUCAGAUAGUGAGGAAGAAGAAGAAGAAGAAAGAAAAGAGAAUUCUGGGAAGAAAAAAGAGGAGAAAGAUCUGUUUGGCAGUGACAGUGAAUCUGGCAAUGAACAAGAGAAUCUGAUUGCAGAUAUUUUUGGAGAAUCUGGUGAUGAGGAAGAAGAGGAAUUUACGGGUUUUAACCAGGAAGAUUUGGAGGAAGAGAAAGGUGAUGCAGACAUGAAGGAGACAGCAGAUGAAUCAGACUCUGAUGAUAACAUCAAAAGAGGGAAGCAUAUGGACUUCAUGUCAGAUUUUGACAUGAUGCUGCAACGAAAGAAGAGUAUGAGCGGCAAGCGUAGACGAAACCGUGAUGGUGGAACUUUCAUUAGUGAUGCAGAUGAUGUGGUCAGUGCUAUGAUUGUGAAGAUGAAUGAAGCUGCUGAGGAGGAUCGACAGCUGAAUACACAAAAGAAACCAGCACUAAAGAAAUUAACUUUGCUACCGACUGUAGUUAUGCAUCUUAAAAAGCAGGACCUCAAAGAAACUUUCAUCGAUAGUGGUGUUAUGUCUGCCAUCAAAGAGUGGCUUUCUCCCCUUCCAGACCGAAGUCUGCCAGCACUAAAGAUACGAGAGGAGCUUCUGAAGAUCCUGCAAGAGCUGCCCAGUGUGAGCCAAGAGACCCUGAAGCACAGUGGGAUUGGACGAGCUGUGAUGUACCUCUACAAACACCCCAAAGAGUCGAGACCUAACAAGGAUAUGGCAGGGAAGCUAAUCAAUGAAUGGUCUCGACCCAUCUUUGGCCUUACCUCAAACUACAAAGGCAUGACAAGAGAAGAGAGGGAACAGAGAGAUUUGGAACAGAUGCCUCAGCGAAGGAGGUUGAGCAGCUCUGGUGGUCAGACUCCCCGCAGGGACCUGGAGAAAGUGCUCACUGGAGAGGAAAAGGCUCUUAGACCUGGCGACCCUGGGUUCUGUGCCCGUGCAAGGGUGCCAAUGCCCUCCAACAAGGACUAUGUAGUCAGGCCAAAGUGGAAUGUGGAGAUGGAGUCCUCCAGGCCCGGGACUAUUAAGAGAGGUAUUAGUCGCUUGGAAAAACACAAGAGACGAUUUGCUGAACAGAAACGACUCAGCAAAGUGCAUCGGGCCAUCAAGUUCAGCAUUGAAGGCAACAGGAUGCCCCUGUAGCCAUGACACUCUGCCUUCCCCAAGUUUGAGAGUUCCAGGGGACCUCUAAGAAAGGGGUGAGU